CAUCCGGAUGCUCAUUCGACGAUCUGCACUCACAAUAAAGUUGAUGUUGGCCACAGUUUCUAGAGUUGAAACAGUGACAGGACCACCUGAGCGGUGGUCAGCUUUAGUGCUUUCUCGGCCCUCACCGAAGCGCUUACACCACACGCGCCCGAGAUAGAGAAUUGUCCCCAUAAACUUCUCGCAACAAUUUAUAGCACUCGGUCGGAGUUUUUGUCACCUUAACGAGAAAUUUGAGAUUGUUGAGUUGUUUGUGUUUUUCGUCACACAUGGUUUUUGGCAUGACAAAAACACGCGUACGUUUCAAAUUCAAACCGCCACGGAACAAAUACUGUAUUGUAAAGAUUUGGACCUAUGAUGUACAACCAGUGUCUGUGAGGAUUAGAGAGGAAAAAUAUUCGUAUUACGAUCGGCCAAUAUUAUCAGGAAUAUUUAUUUUUGAUCGUUGGUUUCUAGGUACAUUCGAAACACCGAGGUCAUCAAAUAAACUUCAACUUCCACAACCUAUUGAGUAUUGUAUUCCUAAAAAUACAGAGCUCCUUCCAGAACGUGCAGACCAGCCCUUCUUCGACGGUGCGAACUUCCUGACGGGGUCCGAGAAAUGGUAAAAAUUGGCUAGUUCGAUUGAGACCAUAACACUUGUUAAUAUUCAUAUCACCGAGUGAUAUGCGUCUGAAGAAAUUCUUCUCAUACUUAACAGUGAAUGUAGAUUAUAUAACUUAAAGCUAAAAAAUAAUUUGGUAGGUCCUAGAUACCAACCUCAACAUCAUUCCCCUUAUCGAUCAGAUAAAGAAAUCAAAAUAUAAAGUGUACAUAGCAUUCAUAAUGAAAUGAGCGAUUGACUGUUGAUAGAUCCUUCGCAUGCCCAACGAUUAUAUUUUUCUGUCUGAUUGAUAAGGAGGUGACUGGAACCUAGAACCUAUCAAAUUAUGUUUUAGCUUUUAGUACAUUAUCUACAUCAUUAUUAUCUUUUUUUUUUAUUGUUGGUGACGUCCAUGUUAUAAACAUUAAAAU